AUGUCAUCGUCCGUUCAUUUCAAGUUCAAGUCCCAGAAAGAACCCUCACGGGUCACCUUCGAUGGCACUGGUAUUUCGGUCUUUGAACUCAAAAGAGAGAUUAUCAGCCAAAGUAGAUUGGGUGACGGAAGUGACUUUGAGCUGUCAAUUUACAACGAGGACACCAGAGAGGAAUAUGAUGACGACACGACAAUCAUCCCUCGGUCCACAUCGGUGAUUGCUCGCAGACUACCUGCAGCACGCCCUGGUAAGGGCGGUGCUGCUCGUUAUGUCUCCGGAAAGAUGCCAGUCAAUGCUCGCAGUGCCCCCCGCAACGAACCUUUGACGAACAGAGCGACACCUGGGAUGGGACAAUCCGUGAACAACAAUGUCUUGGAACUCAAUAAUGCUCAAACCGAAGAAGAGAAGAUCAAUGCGCUUUUCAAUUUACAAGCUAGUCAAUGGCAGGAACAACAGCAGGAAAUGGCCAACGCGACACCCGUGUUCGGCCGUGGCAGAGGCAAGCCUGUCAACGUACCAGACCACCCUCCUCCGCCGGGGUAUCUUUGCUACCGUUGCAGAGAGAAAGGUCAUUGGAUCCAAGCGUGCCCGACCAACAACGAUCCGAAAUUCGACGGCAAAUACCGAGUCAAGCGAUCGACCGGCAUCCCACGUUCACUCCAAACCAAAGUUGAGAAACCGGAAUCUCUGGCCCCUGAUGGCUCCACCGAAGAUGCGAGGAAUACAGGGGUGAUGGUGAAUGCUGAUGGUGACUUUGUGAUUGCAAAACCGGAUAAGGCAGCCUGGGAGUUGUAUCAAGAAAAGGCCAAGGCCUCGGCGGCGGCAGCAGCUGAGGCAGCAGCAGUCGAGGAGAGCAAGGCUUUGCAAGCUCGUGGCCUGGAAUGCCCAAUUGACAAGAGAAUGUUCUUAGAGCCAACAAAGACCCCAUGUUGUCAAAGAACAUAUUGCAAUGACUGUAUCUCAAAUGCCUUGAUUGAAAGUGACUUUGUUUGCCCCGGUUGUUCCACGGAAGGGGUCUUACUUGACAACCUCACCCCGGAUGAUGAAGCUGCAUCCAAAAUUAAGGUCUAUGAAGCAGAGAAGGCUGAUGCAAAGAAGGAGAAGGAAAAACUUCCUGCAGGCCCAGAUGGAACCCCUCUCUCAGAGGCAGCCACAACCGAAUCUAAGGCCCCUUCAGUCGACAAAGAGCAAAGCCCACCCAAUCAAGCCCAAGACCCUGCACCCACCCAGUCAAAGAAGAGACCAGCGGAGGAUGAACCCACUAAUGCUACUGAAACGGCACUUUCUGAGCCGGGUAAUGCUGCGAAAAAACAAAAGGCCGAAGAUCACCAAUCAGAUGUCCAAGGUCCGGAUAAUAGCAACAAAGAGGACGCGGCAGGUGUUCCUCCUGCCCCUUUCAACCAAGAGAUGCCCUUCAACGGCUUUGGACCAAUGGCUGGCAUGCCGAUGAUGCCAUUAUCCGGUCCAGGAUUUGGAGCCGAUGCCAUGGGAUUCAUGAACCCGAUGGCGAUGGCGUCCGCUACUGGCUUUCCAAACGGCAUGGGUCCCGGUUGGAACCCAAUGAACAUGCAAUUCAAUCCCAGUAUGUUCGGCGACCAGAACAAUGGUGGGAUGCCCAACGGGUUUCCCAACAUGUUCAACGGAGAUCCCUCAUUGUCUAUGUUCCCCAUGGGCCAGAACGGAUUCCAAGGGCCAGGUCCUGGCAUGAACAAUUUCUCCAACCAGCAACGGACAGCUUUCAGUACUCCGUACUCCAGGGAAGAGGACUCACCGUAUUUCCGUCAGCCUGUGAAUCCGCAACGUCACCAAGCUAGAAACCGGAGAGUACGGCCUAGUGAUUACCGGGAGCUUUAG